AUGAUCAUCAGAGCAGAUAAUGCAAAAUCAUUUGUAAACAAAGACGUCAUAGAUCUGUUACGCCAAUAUAAUAUAAGGCUUCACACGUCCACCCUCUACUACCCGCAGGGAAACGGGCAGGCAGAGGCAAGCAAUAAUACGCUCAUCCGUAUCCUGAGUAGGACAGUGGAAGACCACCAUAAAGAGUGGCAUGAACAGCUCCCACUUGCGGUAUGGGCAUACAGAAUCUCGAAACGAAUCCCCACGGGGGCGUCUCCCUAUCCUCUGGUCUACGGGGAAGAUGCGAUAUUACCAGCAGAGAUUUCCAUUCCAUCCACAAGAGUAGCGAUGGCUAGUCAUACGACACCGGACGAAGUAAGCCGCUUUGCCCAUUUAGAUACAGUAGAAGAAAGGAGAUCACGGGCAGAACGGUUUGCAGAAGCAUAUAGAAAAUGCACACCAAAUUACUAUAACCAGAGCGUAAAGGAAAGAAAAUUCGAAGUGGACGAUUUGUUCCUUAAGAUCGCUCCGCAUAUACAAAGAAACGCUAGUGCAGGGAAAUUUGCCGCAAACUGGGAAGGACCUUUCCAAGUACGGAAGUGUCGGAGAGCGGAUAUUACAAGCUCAAACGUAUGA